AUGUCUUUUCUUUUCUGUCGUUAUUUUUUUCCUUUCUUUCUUUCUUUCUUUUUUCUUAUUAAUAUUUUCUUUCUCUUUUUGUUCUUUUCUCAAAAUGUCUUUUCUGUCAUUAUUUCUUUCCUUCUUUCUUUUUUUAUUAUUUUUCUUUCUUUCUCUUUUGGCUCUUUCUUUCUUUUACCUCUUCAACGUACUUUCUUCCAACUUUCUUCUUUCUUUCAUCAUUUUUUGUUUCGUUCAUAUGAAUUACUUUUUUUCUCUUUUUGUUUACGCCUCGUUUUUAUUAAUUUAUUUUUUCCAAUUUCUUUUCUCAAACUUUUCAUUCAUUCAGUUUUCGUUUCUUUCUUAUUAAUUUAUUUUGUCUCUUUUUGUUUUCUCAAACUUUUCUUUCUUUCUUUCUUUCUUUCUUUCUUCCUGUUUUUCACCUCUGUAACGUACUUUCUCGCAAAAUUUUAUUCUUUUUCCUUUCUCUCUUUCUUUUCUUUUCAUUCUUUUUUCUUUUCCUCUUUCUUUUGUUUCAUUCUUAAUAAUUUCUUCUUUCUCUUUUGUUCUUUUCUCAAAAUUUCUUUUAUUUUCUUUCUUUCUGUCGUCUUUUUCCCCCUUUCUUUCUUCCUCUCUUUCCUUCCUUCCUUCCUUUCUUUUUUCUUUCUUUCUUUCUUUCACCUCUGCAACGUACUUCCUUGCAACUUGCAUUUUUUUCUUUCUUUCUUUUUUAUUCUUAAUAAUUUCUUUUUUCUCUUAUUCUAUUCUCAAAAUUUCUUUUCUUUCUUUUUCUUUCUUUCUUUCUUUCUUUCUUUCCUUUCCUUCCUUCCUUCUUUCUUUCGCCUCAAUAACGUAAUUUCUUGCAACUUUUCUUUCUUUUUCCUUUCUCUCUUUUUUUUCUCUUUAUUAUCAAUUAUUUCAUUUUCUUUCUUUCUUUCUUUCUUUCUUUCUUUCUUUCUUUCUUUCUUUCUUUCUCGCCGCUCUUUCUUCUCACGGUCUGAUCCAAUUUCUUUUUGUUACACUUUUGAAGCAUACGUGGACAAUGUCUAUCUAUCUAUCUAUCUAUCUAUCUAUCUAUCUAUCAAAAAUGUAAGCAAAUUAAUAUUCAAUUUUUUUCUUUUUAUUUUUCUUUGUUUUUCUUUUUUUGCCAUUUUUUUCCUUUUCUUUUUUAUCCCUUUUUCUUCUGUUUUUUCCUUUUCCUUUUAUAAUUUUCCUUCUUCUUUUCUUAUUUUUCUUCCUUUUCAUUUCUUUUUCAUCUUUAUCUUUUUCUUCAUUUCUUUUCUUUUUUCCUUCUUUUUUACAUCUAUGUCUUCCAUUUUCUUCUUUUUCUUUCUUUGUAUUUUCUUCUUUCCUUUGUUACUUUUGUUUCUUUCAUUUUCUUUUUCUUUUCUUUUUUUCUUCCUUUUUUACUUUCGUUCUUUUUCCUUUUCUUCUUUUUCUUCCUUUUCCUUUUCUUCUUUUUUUUCCUUUUUCUUUUUUUCUUCUAGUUCUUUUUCGUUUCUAUUUUCUUCGUUUUUCUUUUUCUGUCUUUUCUUCGUUUUUCUUCGUUUUUCUUUUUUCUUCUUCUCGUUCUCUUACCUUUUCUUCUUUUUCUUCCUUUUCUUUCUUUUUUCUUCUUCUAGUUCUUUUUCCUUUUCUUCCCUUUCCUUUUCUUCUUUUUCCUUUUUAUAUUUUUCAAUUUUCUUCGUUUUUCUUUUCUUUUUCUUCAUUUUCCCUUUCUCCUUUUACUCCCUUUUCUUCUUUUUUCUCUCUUCCUUUUCUUUUGGUUUUAUUUCUUUUCUAUUUUCUCCUGUUUUUCUUUUCUUCCUUUUCUAUUUUUCUUCGUUUUUACUUCUUUUUUUCUUUUUUCUUCCUCUUUUUCUUUUUCUUUUUCUUCCUCUUUUCCUCUUUUUUUCCAAUUAUUUCUUACUACUCCCUUACACUUAUUUUUCUUCUCCUUUCUUUAUUAUUACGUUUUUCUUACAAAAACCUUCCAUAAGUUUCGUCACAUAUACAAGUGGACUGUUCAUUUUAUUUCUUUCUUUUAUUUCUCAAACGUACUUGUUUUCUGGUCUUCUUUCUUUCUUCCUUCCUUUCUUUCUUCCUUUCUUUCUUUCUUUCUUUCUUUAUUCACUUACAUCUCAAUCUAUGUGA